UAUUGUGAAAUUGCAAGAGCAAAAUAUGAAGUGGAUAAACAGAAGCAGAGCUGCUUCUUUCAUUUCAACAAGUUCUCUGAUUUCACAAUACUUUAGCACCACCACCAGACCCACAAAAUCCAUGGAAAUCGAAAUCAAGCUUCGACUUCCAGACUCCUACUCUCACCAGAAACUCUCAAAAAUCCUCUCCCCUUUCCACCUCGAAACCUUAAUCCAAGAAAACCUCUUCUUCGACACCGCCACUAACCAACUCUCCAAAAAUCUCGCCGCCCUCCGCCUCCGCUUCUACAACCUCAACUCCCGCUCCGUCCUCUCCCUCAAAGCCAAACCCGUAAUCUCCAAUGGCAUCAGUCGCGUGGAGGAGCAGGAAGAGCCUCUCGACCCCCUAAUCGGCCGCGCCUGCGUCGAUGAUCCGCGCCUUUUGGGGUCGAUUUCGGGUUCGAAAAUAAUCAAGAGAGUGAAAGAGGAGUUUGGGAUUGGAAUUGAAGAGCUCGUGUGCUUGGGUGGGUUUAAGAAUGUGAGACAGGUGUUUGAUUGGAAUGGACUGAAAUUGGAGGUGGACGAGACAAUAUAUGAUUUUGGGACGAGUUAUGAGAUCGAGUGCGAGACCAAGGAGCCCGAGAAUGUUAAACGGCUGAUUGAAGGGUUGUUGAAGGACAAUGGGGUGCAGUUUUCUUACUCUGAUGUGAACAAGUUUGCAGUUUUCCGAUCCGGCAAGUUGCCCUAUUGAGUGAAGGGGAAUGGAAUUGUAGUUGUUUCUGGUUUUGUUGAGAUGAUGUAGAUGAAAUACAAACUGUAUUCAAUGGUGUAGGUUUCAAGCUCGUUCUUGGUAGCCAUAUUCACACCUGGGCCAGAUUGAACAGAUUAGUUGCUUCAAAAAAUCACUGUAAUUUUUGAUCAUUGAAGAUCCGUCAUUUUUCAA